UUACUUUCUGAUAAGGGAUCGAUGUCCAGAGGGCAGGGCACACCCUGCCCAUGCUGCUCUGGAAGCUUUCACUUUGGGCGUGAGGAGCGCAGAGUGGCUGCUCUGCUAACAGGAGGGCCCGCUGGGGACGCAGUGUAAGAGUCUCUGCAGAGGCUCUGCCUCCUGUCUGCUUUUCUGGGAUCCACCUGGGUCCCCAGCAUUGGAGCCAGAAGCAGGGGCUGGGGCCCUGAGAACAGCUGGGGACCAGUGCCAACUCCAAGGGUAAGGUGGAGCUUGGUUAGGGCUCAUGAGGCUCUGAAGGCUGCUAACUGCUGUGUUUUGAGAAGUCACAGCCUUCCCAAGCUGGGAGCAAAGAGAAGCAGGGAGCUGACGGCAGCCCUGAGAUCGGCUCUUUCCUCUGAGGCCUCGGGGACCUGGCUUGGAUCUGCCUCCUGCCUCCUCCUGCCUGGUGGUCAGGGCCUUCCCAGGGUGUCUCCCCUGGGGUCUGAGCCAUGGAGGAUUCCUGCAGCUGCUGCCGGCUCUGCCACCUCCUGUCCCUGCUUCUCCUUGUCCAGCUCCCUAACUGGGCAUCCACAGAGGAGUUCCAGGUGCUCGGGCCCCCAGAACCCAUUGUGGCAGUGCUGGGUGGCGAUGCUAUACUGCCCUGCAUCAUGUCCCCAGCCAUGGAUGUGAGAAACAUGGAGCUGAGGUGGUUCCGUACCACGCUCACAGAGUCUGUGUUCGUCUAUCGGAACCAGCAGGAGCAGACAGCGGAGCAGACGGCUGAGUAUGCAGGGCGGACCUCACUGGUGAUGGACCUUCUUGCCCAUGGGGAGGCUGCCCUGAAAAUCCACAAGGUCCAGGUUUCUGACAAUGGGAUGUAUAACUGCUUCUUCAAAAUGGGAAGCUUCUUUGAAGAGGCCAGCUUGGAACUGCGGGUGGCAGGGGUGGGCUCUGCCCCUCAAGUGCACAUCCAGGGCCUGGAAGAGGAUGGCGUCCGUGUGGUAUGCAGGGCCUCGGGGUGGUUCCCAAAGCCCCAGGUUCAGUGGCGAGACCUCAGUGGGAAGAAGAUCUUGGCGUUCUCUGAGGCCCACACGCAAGAUGCUGACCUGCUCUUCAGCGUGGAGGCCACCGUGGUGGUGAGAGAGGCCUCUGUGGGGAAUGUGAGCUGCUCCGUCCUCAACCCCGUCCUGGGCCAGCAGAAGGCCAUGGCCAUUUUCAUCCCAGAGCCCUUCUUCCCACAGGCCUCUCCCUGGAAGCCAGCGUUUGCUGUGAGCCUGACUGUGAUGGGGCUCCUACUCUUUGGGGCUGGCUAUUUUCUAUACAGAGAACAUUCUGUAAAGCUGCGAGCACAGCAGACACAGAAGAAUCUGAGGCUGGCUAAGGAGGAGGAUAGGAGGAUAAAAGAGCAGGCACAGAAGGCAAAGGAUGAGCUCCAGGCAGAGCUGGGUAAGUCCUGCCCCCCUGACCUUACCGUGUCCCUUGGCGGCAGACGUCCUGGUUCCCCCUGUCUACUCAGGAUGUGUUGCUUUUCAGGUCAGAGGAAGGCAGCUUACAAGGCUGCCUGGAGGAAGGCACUGCUGUACCCAGACUGGCGGAAGGAACAGUUCCAGGCUUUGUCUGUCACUCUGGAUCCAGGAUCUGCCCGUGGACACAUCAGCAUCUCUCAUGGAAACACAAGGCUCACCUUCGAGCACCCCGGUGGGGAUGAUCUUUACAGCGUGUUGGGCCAUGAGGGCAUCGCAGCAGGAAGGUGGUGCUGGGAGGUGGAGAUUAUGAGUGGAGAGAAAGGCGAGUGGGCCCUGGGGGUGUGCAAGGAAGAUGCCAACAGGGCAGGCUGGUAUCAAGGGUUGGUGGACAAGGGGUUCUGGGUUGUGAGAUGGGUGGAAACUGGACACUUCACCUACGUUAAAUCCGAUACUGUGGUUCCCUCGGAGCCAUCUAAGGUCUUCUGGAGGGUGGGGGUUUUCCUGGACUACAGUGAAGGGGACGUCUCCUUCUAUGACAUGACUGCGGGGUCCCACAUGUUCUCUUUCCCACAGGCUCCCUUUUCUGGGACUCUCUUUCCAUACUUCAGUGUUAAAUGUGGAACUGUGUCCCUGACCAUCUGCCCCUCUGAGAGUGAUUCUUUGGGGCACCCUGCAGCCCUUCACAACAGUUGUCCUUCUUUGAAGGAGACCCUGAAGUCCUCUGGGGAAGGACUGGGCUCAGGCUCUGAGGAGGGUGAAGUUGCACCAGGGGCAGACUCUCCCUUACUCUCCAGGGACCUGGGGGCUGUGACCCCAUAGAGUCCCUGGUGUCUUUGUGCCCUCUGGCUAUUCCUGGGUCUGUGGGCUCCCUCUUGCAAAAGAUCAUGAAUGAAGCCUGGCUGCCCCAUUAGCUUCCUGCAGUGGGUUCAGACUCCAGGGUGUGUGGUCUAAGAGUCAUCAGUUACUGUUUGUGUGCCCAUAAGGAAGAUAAUAGCGGACUGUUGCUGGAACUGGUUUGGGAUGCUGACCCUAACCACAGUCCUUGUAGAUAGCAGUAGGUAUUAAAAGGUCUCUCAUGGAGUUCUCCAUUGUUUGUAUAGAAAAAGGACUGAGGGCCGGAUUUUUGUGCAAAACCAAGUGGAGCUCACUUUAUUUUUCUUGAGUAAUGCUUGUGGACCAUGAGGCUGAGGGUGGGGCCCAAUCUCCUGCAGAUUUUCUCUAAACCUGAAGCUUUGGUAGCCAUACAUUUCCAGGGACGUGAAUGAGCAAUCAAAGUUUCACAGGAGGGAUAUCUAACACUCAAAUCCUUAUGCUUUUUCUUUUGGGUGAUGCCUAUUUUUCUAAACCUUAGUGUAUUUUUGUUACUAGUGAGAGAGCUGUUCUGUGUUAACCCCAAACAAGUUAUCCUGAGGGUCACGUGGGCAGUAUGGUUGUUUACAUACUGAGCAUCCUGAGUGUUCCCUGGGCAGGAGUCAUUUCAACCAGUUGAUUUUCACAGGGAUACCGUGGUAUAUGUGUUUGUUUUGUAUGAAGUAUGUUUUGCAUACUUUUAAAAAUUUAGAAUGUUUUCACCUUUGAGGUUUCUAGGGAAAUCUAAUCAUUCUGUUUAUUUUCUAAUAUUAAUGCAUGUUUAAUUUGAUUUUUUAAUUUUUUGGUACUUGGGACAGAACUCACAACCUCAUACUUGCUAGGCAGGUGCUUAUGCUGCUGAGCUAUAUCCUGGGCCCUCAUGUUUAAUUUGUGAAAAAUAACUGUUUUGAACAUUUUUGAACAUGGGACAUUGUCUUACUAAAGACGAUUUUGUGUUUUGAGACAGUCUUGCAUGUUCAGGCUAGCUUUGAACUCAUCACAUAUCCUGCCCUGGCCUCAAACUCAUGGCAAUCUCUUGCCUCAGCCUCCUGAGGGUUGGGAUUACAGGUGUGCUCCACAUGCCCAACUACUACAGACAGCUUUUCUUCAUCUCCUGAACUCAGUGAUAUUCUUUUGCAAUACAAAAUGGACACCUUCAGGACACUGAAAUCGAAUAGGAAGAAGUGCAGAAGCAACACUGAAAAGGGAAAUGUCAGCAUAUCAUAAAAGUUGCAGUGAUCUUCCUGCCUCAGCCUACCCAGUUCUGGCAUUACAGGCUUGUGCCACAACUAGCUGCUGCUUUAUUUUGAGACAGGAUAUUGCUAACUUGCCCAGAGAGGACUUGAGCUUUUCAUCCUCUUGCCUCAGCCUCAUGGGAGCUGGGAUUAGAGUUUUUUGUCACAAUGCCUGGCCUACUAAGUUUUUCUUUUUUUCAAGUUUAAUGGCCACAGAAAUGUCCAGAAGGCCCUUCUGUGCUCAAUUUUUGGUGAGGUAAUAAGAAAUAGAGGCUCACAUGAUCAGAAAUGUCAGUGUCCCAAUAGCAGUGUGUUAGGCCAUAAGUGGCAGAAUUCAGAAUGGCUGUCAGUGUGCCAGUGAGCUGCAGGAUCCACAGUAGUUGAAUGCUGAAACUCACUCCAGAGUCAUCAGUGUGAGUUUGUUGGAAAGCUGAAGAUCCUGUGUUGGAGAUUGGAGUCUGCUUCAAGCCUGAAGGACAUGGAGAUGAACAUAUGAUGGCAAAGAUGAAGAUUGCAGCUCCUCUGAAUGUAUUCUUCCUUCUUCUUUCCCUUUUUAUUCCAUCUGAGCUAUUGGUUAAUGCCUCCCACAUCUGGGCUGGGCCCUGCCCCUCAGUUUGCUGGCCUACCUGUCAAUCAUCUAGGGACACACCAGGGAACUCACUAACCUGUUAGGCUGUUCUUUCACAAGUCAACUUGGCAUAUCAUGAUUAAAGAUCACACUGGCCCAAUGAGUAUUUGGUUCCAACUUCCUGAAACAGCUUCUACCACUCUUAAAAUUUCCUGACAAUGGUGAAAGGAGGGCAUUUUGUUAUUCAUAACGUGUGUCUUUCACUUCUUCUCAGUUUAUGUUAAUGAAGUGACUUUUGGAAAGUUCCUAGACAACCCCAGGGUGGGCCAGGUUGUCAGGGGAAAUAACUUUGAGAUUAGAGGACUGUAACUGAGGCCGAAGAUAGGGCUGGAGGUUGUUUAUUAAUUCUCAAGAGUCAAGGAUUUCAUCAAACAUGUCUACAUACUUCCAUAAGCAAAAAUCUGAAAGGACUGGAUUGCAGGAGCUUCUGGGUGGACAAACAGGAAUGCAGCCCUCUGUGGGGACAGACUGUCUGGUUGCGAGCUUUGUCUGAACUUCCUCGAUGUACACUUUCAUCUCGUUAUGCAUUUGUGUCCUUUUCAGUAUCUUUUAUAAUAAACUGGCCAGCAAGCAAUGUA